UACUACGUGUUCCUCUCACCCGCGCAGAGACUUCUGGGAAACCGAGUCCACGCUCUAAAUAAUUCAAGCUCCCAUUCCUUCUCUUCCACCGCUAACAAGAUGCCGGCCGUACAUCACAAACUGCUCCUUGAGGACGCCUUACAGGACAGUCCUCAGACUCGCUCCCUGCUCAGUGUGUUUGAGGAAGAUGCUGGGAUGCUUACAGACUACACCAAUCAGCUGCUACAAUCGUUGCAGCGUGUGUUUGGAGCCCAGAGUGAGAUGGGAUUGGCCACAGAGCAGCUCUCACAGCAACUUCUGGAAUAUGAGAAGAAAAAUUUUGCCCUUGGAAAAGGUGAUGAAGAGGUAAUCACCACGCUGCAGAACUUCGCCAAAACUGUAGGGGAGCUGAAUUCGAUCCACUCUGAGCUAGCCAACCAGAUGGCUGACAGCAUGGUCUUCCCCUUGAUCCAGUUCCGAGAGAAAGACCUCACAGAGAUAAGCACACUGAAGGAAAUAUUUGGCAUCGCCACUGAUGAGCAUGAGGCAGCUAUGGUCAAAUACAGCCGAUUGCCCAAGAAGAAGGAGAAUGAAAAGCUGAAGUCAGACUUGGUGAAGGAGGUGGCCUACACUAGAAGGAAGCAGCACCAGGCCUCACUGCAGUAUUACUGCGCCCUCAACGCUCUGCAGUAUCGCAAGAGAGUAGCUAUGCUCGAACCUAUGCUAGGCUACACACAGGCACAGAUCAGCUUCUUCAAGAAAGGCAUUGAGCUGGUAUCAAAGAAGAUGGACAACUUUCUCUCCUCUGUGUCCAGCAUGACGCAAAAUAUCCAAGCCCAGCUGGAUGUGGAGGCAGAGGCCAUGCGUGGGUCCCAGAGGGAGUUUCUGUCUGUGGAGGACACUGUCUAUAUGCCAGAUAAGGACACUGAGCCUGUCAAUCGCACGCUUAUCCAAAAGGCUGGCUACCUCAACAUUAGGAAUAAAACAGGCCUAGUAACCACAGCCUGGGACCGACUCUACUUCUUCACCCAGGGAGGGAACCUCAUGUGUCAGCCACGGGGGGCGGUGGCGGGGGGCAUGGUGCUGGACCUGGACAACAGCUCCGUCAUGGCUGUGGAGUGUGAGGACAGACGCUACUGUUUCCAGAUAACCUCUCCCUCAGGCAAAACGUCAAUGAUUCUACAAGCUGAGAGCAAAAGGGAAUAUGAAGAAUGGAUUUGCACUGUGAACAACAUCUCCAGACAGAUCUACCUGACUGACAACCCAGAGGCUGUGGCCAUCCGACUGAACCAAACUGCCAUACAGGCAGUCACCCCCAUCACCAGUUUUGAGAAGAGACCAGAAGGCUCACCCAACCCUGACAGGUCAGGCAUGCUGCUUGUGGCGAAGCCAGGAGGUAUACAUGCUGCCAGCGGUGGUUCCCAGAAGACAGGGGCCGCUCCAGAACCAGAGGACCUGAUAGCCCCUGGGACACCCAUUCAGUUUGACAUCAUGCUGCCGGCCUCCGAGUUUCAGGACCAGAACAGGGCCGGGGGGAGACGGACAAAUCCGUUUGGAGAAACGGAUGAUGACUGUUCAACAGAAAGUGACGACUCCCUCCUGCAGCAGGUAUUUGCUGUGCGCUUCCUGGGCUCAAUGGCAGUGCGCUGUGGAAACAAUCAGGAGGUCAUCUAUGAGGCCAUGAGGCAGGUGCUGGCUGCCCGAGCCAUCCACAACAUCUUCAGGACCACCGAGUCCCACCUCAUGGUCACCAGCAGUAGCCUCAGGUUGAUUGACCCUCAGACUCAAGUUACGAGAAUAAGUUUCCAGCUUGGAGAGGUAUGUCAGUUUGCAGCCCACCAAGAGAACGGGAGGCUGAUGGGAUUCGUGGUUGAGGGCAGAGACUGGAGUGAUGGAGAUGAGGAGGGAGAGCCCUCGUUUAGCGCCUUCGUCUUUGAGAGCAACACCGAGGGCGAAAAGAUAUGUUACACCAUAAGCUUGGCAAAGGACAUUACAGAAGCCAAGAAGGACCCAGAGGCCUUGGCCCAGCUAAUGAAGAACAUGCCUCUAACCAAUGACGGCAAAUUCCUGCUGCUGGAGCCUGAGACGGGCGACACAACCAACGGAGCAGGACAAGAAGACCUGGAGUCUGAGGCCUAGUCCCAGUUAGGGAAAAAAACCCGACCAGGGCCACGGUCUGACUUUUGCCCAGGACAGGAGGCUUUCCCUGGAUGAAGGUGUCAUCGUGACCCGCCCUAACUCUGGUACUGUAACUCUCCAUAUUAGAGUGUAGUUCACUUCCACUUACUCUGUGUUACUAGAUCUCCAGUUUUUUGCUGUAAUGAAAGCAGAAGACAUUGGUUACCUGGACCAAAAACCACAUCUCAUGGGCGCUCCAUUAGAUUUGCUUUUCUACGGUCUGACUGUAGCAUGGGUCUUUGGAUUUGGAGUUGUUUUUUACACCACUGUAGGUGGUACUUACAUCAAAAGGGACACUAUAUACGUAUUGAUUGUGUUUCAUUGUCAUCUAAUAUCCCCAUCCAUCUAACAGAAGGUGGUGAAUCAUUUGCUUCAGUUUAGGUUUACAUUCAUUUUUAGGUUUACAUAGUUUGAAGUCUGUUAGGAGAGUUUAUUCCUUUAUGUUGUUUUACACGUUAACUUGUAUGUAAGGCUCUUAUGCAACUACUUUGGCGUUUAUUUCUUGUUUAUUCAUGUAUAUAAAAAAAAAUUGCACUUCCGACGUCUGUUUAAUAACACUUGAUGGCUACAGAAUGCACUAAUUGAGAAAUUUGAAAGAUCUUAGACUUUUAAGACAAUGAAGGACUUAAAUAGGUUAAAAUCAUGUCCGUUCCUUCGAUCUGCAGAGCAGUGACUGUUGCAUUGCGUGUAGCAUGUGUCUUGAAGCAGUGGACACAACUGGCACAAGUGAUUAAACAUUUCUGUUCUUUCUGCACUCUUGCCACUGAGGUUACACAGACAUGUCAUUCUGACUAUCUUAAGCAUUCCCACUAAACUGAAUUAAUGUUAUAUUUUACAUUAUUCUCCACUACCUGUACAAAACAAGUCUUACGAUGAUCUGUAUACAAGGUCCUCCUUGAACAGCCCAAAUAUUCUCUAAAACCUCUACACUGAGCACCGAGCUGUAAUACUAAAGAAACUCACUGAAAUGUUACGGUAACACAUGUAGGCAGAACACAGUGGGGUAUUAUGUACUCAUUGAAAAAGUAUUCACUCUUUGCUUAAACAUAUGAAUACUAAUUAGACCAGAAAAACUGAAAUAAAAACGAUUGAUCUGUGAAAUUCGGCCUUCCCUCUGGAUCGCAGUGCAGUUUUGUUCCAUUUCAGCCUAUUUGAGCUGUAACACUAAUCUCAAUGGACAGUGGAAGCCCAUGGUGCACUGUGUGAAUGUGACAUGUUUUGUACUGUGUAAUACAGACGAGGUCAAAACCACUGACUUGACGUUGAUCGUGAAAGUUACAUUGUGUUGACCAGUGCGUUUGCUUGUCUGCUUGCUUUUUCUACUCUACAUCAGAGCUCUUGGCAAAAACGCAUGUUAAACAAGGAGAUAGAAGUGUCGAUAUUUCUGCCUGCUCUACUAGUGAAAUAAUUAGUUAUGGUUAUGUCUGAUUGCUUGUGACACUACUCAUUGUAAUAAAAAAGGAAUUAAAGGAAUAGGUUGACAUUUGGAAAAUGUACUUAUUCGCUUUCUGGUGGAGAGUUAGAGGAGAGAAGAUUGAUACCACUCUCAUUUCUGAACGUUAAUUAUGAAACUACAGCCAGCAGCCAGUUAGCUUAGAACAAAGAGUGGAAACAUGGGGGAAAGCUAGCCUGGCUCUGUCAAGUGGUAACAACAUCCGUUUAACUGCACCUCUAAAUAUCACUAAUUAACACUUUAUAUAUCAUUUGUUUUAUCUGUACAAAAACCGAAGUGUAAAAACAACAAUUAUAACAUUAGACGUAUGGUUAUAUGUUGGACCAUUUCUUGGCUGCAACCAGUAACUUCCCGGAGUCUCCGCUGGUUGCCUGGCAACUGGUCAGAGCCAAGAAAUAGUCCAGCACAUAACGUCGUAGGAAAUGUAUUAAAUAGUGCGCUUUAGAAGUGCUGGUAGGUGGAUUUUGUUACCCCUUGACAGAGCCAGGCUAGCUAUUAACCCCUUUUCCAGUCUUUGUGCCAAGCUAACCAAACUGCUGGCUGUAGCCUUAUAUUUAAGGAACAAAUAUAAGUCUAUCAUCUAACUCUCUGUCAUUUAGGGAAAUACGCUUAUUCGCUUUCUGACAAAGUUUUGCUUUAAAUCAUAACUGUUAACCAUUUCUCUUUCUGUUGCCUGAUGUAAAUGCGUAUCGGCAGGUCUUCUGACGCUAUAAAGAAAAUUCUGUCCAUCCAAUAGACUUGUACCCUUCUUCCUCACAUGCUGGUUGAGAUGCUUCAAUCAUACCAUCAAUAAAACUACAGCACUGCAUACAUA